AUGAUCACGAAACAAGACACGACAAUGUUGGCGACAUUUGUUGGCGGAGCAAUUGCCGCAUAUGAGAUAUAUCGAUAUUUCACGCGCACUCAGCCCAGUCAUCUCUCCGAUUGGGUGCCCGUCGGUCGGAUCAAAGAACUCUACAUCUAUCCACUCAAAUCGUGUCGCGGAAAAAAAGUAUUCUCUGUGUUUUGUGAUGAAAUGGGCGUACAACAUCAUGAAAAUCGUGAUCGAAUGUUUCUUGCUGUCGAUCAAACGGGACACUUUUUCACUGGUCGAGUAAAGGCACAAUUGCUUCUCGUUGAUGCAACUGUUGAAGAUGGGAAACUUUAUUUGAGCUAUAAAGAGAAAAAGCUUGAAGUGGAUUUGAAUGAAGUAUAUCAACAGAGAAAAGUGAUACAAGCAACCCUUCACGAGAAUUUCCGUCAAGAUGGACUCGAUUGUGGAGACGAGGCGGCAAAGUUUAUGAGUGAAGUCUUAGAGACUGAAUCAAGAUUGGUCGUUUUCACGCCGGGUCUUUACACAGCGCGCACGUGUCGUCCGAGGAAAGAAUGGUGGAGAAAUCCCGUCCCUGUUAGAGCUGAUGAUUCUUAUUUCGUGGAUUUGGCUCCAUACAUGAUCACCACUCAAGAGUCAAUCAAUGAGCUCAAUCAACAGCUAAAAAGAGAAGAGAAUCCGAUUGACAACGUGCAAUUCCGUGGGAAUAUCGUGAUCGAGAAGUGUCAAUCAGCUUGGGAUGAAGAUACGUGGGGAGAGCUGAGAUUCGGAGAUCAUCCGAAAGCGACAACACUCGAAUGCUUCAAACCGUGCACAAGGUGCAUUUUCACGACGAUCGAUCCAAAAACGGCGAUUCGAGACCCCGAGCAACAGCCGUUGAAAUGGUUAAAGGAAUACCGUAUGCCGGAGGGUGAUCUCCUUCAAGGCCUCGGCGCUCAUCCGAUCUUCGGAGUCAACGCCGGAGCCAAGAUUCCCGGCUACAUCCACGAAGGGCAAACCGUUUGGGCUCGUCUUAAACCGACGCCAUUU